UGCCUAGUGAUUUGAUGCUGAAACGCAGGAUCAAUUGGAGCAGUCAGUUGAUUAUUACUGUCAUUUAAAUUGCGAAACAUUAAAAAAAUGUCGAUUAAUUAUCGUUAUCAUCAAUGGUUGUUAGAAUGCAAUAGCAUUAUCAAUCAUGAAUAUAACGAACAAAGAAAAGUUGAAUUAAUUGCAGCGAUACCAGCAAUAGUCAAUAUAAUAAAUGCAAACAAUAAAAGGAAGAGGAAAUCUGGGUGUCAAAAAUAUUUGCCGAAAGGCAGAGACACGGAUUGUAUCAUGCAACAUUGCCCAAUGUAAGGCUGGAAGAUCUGCAUUUUAGAAAUUUUACAAGAAUGACUAUGAUACAAUUGGAAGAUUUGUUGUUAAUAGUAGGACAUGAUUUAAAGAAACUUUAUGUUGUGCGUGAACCUAUAAAUGAAGAGCAACGUUUAUUAGUUACUUUAAGAUAUCUCGCCUCAGGAGACAGUAUGACAUCUUUGUCAUAUCAAUUUUUAAUAUCUGCAAGUAGUAUUUCAAAUAUUAUACGUGAAACAUGUUCUGUCUUAUGGGAGCGUUUAUAUCCUAUUAUACUUGCACAAUGUGACACAAAUGACUGGAAAAAAAUUGCAAAUGACUUUGAUAAUAAAUGGCAGUUCCCUCAUUGUAUUGGUGCAAUUGAUGGAAAACACGUCAUUAUUCAAUGUCCUGACAACGCAGGAUCAGAAUAUUAUAAUUAUAAAGGCAGUCACAGCAUUAUUUUACUCGCAAUAAGUGAUGCAAAUUACAUCAUACGCUGUGUGGACAUUGAUGCUCCUGGAAGACAGGGUGAUGCAGGCGUUUUUAAAAAUAGUGCUAUGGGCUUAUUAUUAGAAAGAAAAGAAUUAAAUAUUCCACCUCCUGAAGCACUAUAUGACAAUGGUCCAAUUUUGCCAUAUGUAUUGGUAGGAGACGAGGCAUUUCCUUUAACAGAAUAUAUGAUGCGACCAUAUCCAGGAAGAAAUGGAAUGACAUUAGAGAAACGGAUAUACAAUUAUCGUUUAUCUCGAGCUCGUCGAACAGUCGAAAAUGUGUUCGGUAUCUUAGCUAAUCAAUGGCGCCUGCUAAGACGACCAAUUAUAGCGAACAUUUCAAAUGCAAUAAAAAUGGUUCAAGCAAUAAUUUGUCUUCAUAAUUGGUUGAGAAAGCGUGAUGUUGAGCGAGAAACGUAUAUAACACAAAAUCUUGCAGAUCGAUCUGUAGUAGACGGAGACAUUGAAGAUGGCUCUUGGAGAAACAAUGUUAACGAUUAUCAAGGAUUUAUGGAUAUAAGAUGUACUCAAGCGAGAGCAUAUUCGUUACGCGCAGCUCACAUUCGAGAAGAAUUUUGCAGAUAUUUCAAUGAAGAAGGAGAAGUAGGUUGGCAAAACAUUCAAAUAUACAAAUGAAGCAAAUGUAAAUGUAUUAUAUAAUGUAUUAUAUCAUUUGUACUUUUGAAUCAGCCUAAAGGUAAUAUUGCGGUAACUGAUGUUAUUAUGCUAAAGAGAAACACACAAUGCUUCGUAAAUAUAAUAAAUAUUAGAAAUCAAUGUUAUACAAAAAUAACACGUUA